GGGACAGGUGAGCCACUUCCCCGACAGGGAACGCCCCUUCCCUCCACCUGCGAAUGAGUGGCGGCUCAGGUAGGCACUUCCUGUUUGGGGAACGAGAGAGCGAGAGAAGGAGAGAGAGAGAAGAGAGAGAGAGAGAGAAGGCGAUUGUCAACGCCGCCCGCCGAGGGAGGAUGAAGUCGGACGAGGAGGACGAGAGCAAGACAGCGCUUCUGCGGGAGGAAGUUUCCCAGCUGCAGGAGGAAGUGCACUUGCUGCGUCAGAUGAAGGAGAUGCUGACCAAGGACCUGGAGGAGAGCCACGGGGGGAAGUCCACCGAGAUCCUCUCGGCCACCGAGCUCAAGGUCCAGCUGGCCCAGAAGGAGCAGGAGCUCAACAGGGCCAAGGAAGCCCUCCAAGCCAUGAAAGCCGACCGGAAGCGUUUGAAAGGCGAGAAGACGGACCUGGUGAGCCAAAUGCAGCAGCUCUACGCCACCCUGGAGAGCCGCGAGGAGCAGCUGCGCGACUUCAUCCGGAACUACGAGCAACACAGAAAAGAGAGCGAGGACGUGGUCAAGGCGCUGGCGAAGGAGAAAGACCUGCUGGAGAGGGAGAAGUGGGAGCUGCGGCGCCAGGCCAAAGAGGCCACGGACCACGCCAGCGCCCUGCGCUCCCAGCUGGACCUGAAGGACAACCGCAUGAAGGAGCUGGAGGCCGAAUUAGCCAUGGCGAAGCAAUCGCUGGCCACGCUGACGAAGGACGUGCCAAAGCGGCACUCGCUGGCUAUGCCGGGGGAGACGGUGCUGAACGGCAACCAGGAGUGGGUCAUGCAGGCCGACCUCCCGCUCACGGCCGCCAUCCGGCAGAGCCAGCAGACCCUCUACCACGGCCACCCCCAGCACACGGUCGACCGGCAAGCGGUGCGGGUGAGCCCGUGCCACUCGCGCCAGCCCUCGGUCAUCUCGGACGCCUCGGCGGCGGAAGGCGACCGCUCCUCCACCCCCAGCGACAUCAACUCCCCGCGGCACCGAACGCACUCGCUCUGCAAUGGGGAUAGUCCUGGACCGGUACAGAAAAACUUGCACAACCCAAUUGUCCAGCCAGAAAGAACAAGGCUGGGCUAUAUUUGGAAGGAAAAGGGGGAUGAAGGAGCGACAGAAGCGGCACACAGAGACACACUCUUCUCUUAUGCGAUGCAUGUUCCAGCUGUCUCCGUCACCCACGACUCCUACGGAUGGAAUAUUCUUAUUCCUAAGGAAAUGGAAAGAGAGAAAGAAAGGGAGAAGCUUGGAACGGUCCUUUUGUCCCCGCGCUGCCUCUGUGAGUGUAAGCCAAAAUUGUGGCGAAGCGUUGUCGUUCAGAAGGAAAACACUCUUUUAAUUCAAGACGUUCAAGAAGAAGAUGGUGGAAAUUAUACUUGCGAGCUGAAGUUCGAAGGGAAGCUCAUACGGAGAACGACUGAGCUCAAAGUUACAGCCCAGAUCAGCCAUUUUGGGAUUACGCUGGAGCAAUCCACACCAGCAUAUAAGAACAAAGUCCCGUGUUUUCCUUGA